GCGCAGAAACCCCGGCUCCGUACGUCAUCCUCGCCUGCACUGCACGGUCAUAUAUAGGCGGGAAAUAAAGCUCACAGGCCGGCCAGCUGACGACCAGGGCGUGGUAGUGGUAGCUAGCCUAGCCAGAGAGGAGAGAGCGUACAUACAUGGCCGGCCUGCAGCGGUCGAGCGAGACGUUCCGGCGGUCCGGGUCGUCGGGGACGGUGUGGGAGGACAAGCACCAGUCGGGCGAGCUCGCCAAGCCGGCCCGGUCGCGGCAGCAGCGGAGCGGCUCCAGCCGCGGGUACAGGGCCAGCCACGUGCAGCCGGCGCUGGACCCGCCGUCCCCGCGCGUCGCCGCCUGCGGCUUCUGCAGCCUCUUCGGCAAGGACAAGCAUCAUCAGCCGCCCCGCGGCAAGGGCCGGCGCCGCUGACGAGUUCGGCCGGCCGGGCGGGUUUUUGAGGAGAUAUGGCUUGAAAUACCAGCUGACAGAUGAUCAAAUGAAGUUGGAAUUGAUCAAGGGGGAGUGUUAGAAAAUAUUUUAUGUGAUCGAAUUCCAAGGGAUGCGACCCUUCGUGGUGUCCCUUCACUAUGUAUAUAUAUGUACACACUUCAUAAGAAUAUACAACUGUCACUUUCUCUACA